CCCCUACACCCCCCCACACAGCCUCACCACCCCGCUACACCCCCCCACACAGCCGUGAUGCCCCUCACGGAGUUGCUGGCGAGGCAGCUGUGCGGCCCCACCAGGAGCGCGUGGGGCCGCGUCGCUCGCCGCCUCUUCGAGCUCAGGAACGCGCACCUGGAGCUGGAGGCGGCCGCCCUGAGCGGCCUCACACCCGGCCUCUCAGCCCUGGAGGUCGGCUUCGGGCCCGGGCUGGGUCUGGUGGCCGCCUGCCGCCUCCUGGGCCCCGCGGGCACCCUGCUGGGUCUAGAGCGCUCCGAGUACAUGCUGGACGUGGCCGGGGCCCGGCUGAAGAGACUCGCGGCCAAGGGGGGCCCCGCGGGGCAGGUGGCCGCCCGGGCCGAGUUGAUGCUGGGCGGCGUGGGUGGCCAGGGCAGCGUGGCUCUGGACGAGGCCAGCGUGGACCGGGUGUUCCACUGCAACUGCUACUACUUCUGGCCCAACCUGGAGGAGGCGUGCGCCGAGUUGUUUCGAGUCAUCAAGCCCGGUGGCCUCAUGGUGACGACGCUGAACUUGGCAUCCGUGAGAAGAACAGCGUCAUACGGAGCGCUCAAGUACGCCUAUAGAUGGGAGCCGGAGCCAUACCUGGAGGCCUUGUCUCAGACCGGCUUUGUGGAUGUGCGCAUGGAGGACCGGCAGCAUGGAUCAAAGCCUUUCCAGGCCAUCUUUGCCACCAAACCAAUAGUUCCAGCAUCGCCGGCUAAACAAACAUGACACCUGCCACUCAUUCAGAUACCUCUUUCCUGCUGUACAACUGAUCCACCCCAAAGCUGUGUCGAGCUAAUUAGGAAUGGCUUAGGAGGGGUCAGGUUGUUUUUCCACUGCACAAAUAAAGGCAAAGCACCUAUGUCACACGCAAUGAAAAAAAUGGCCCUGCUUGGUUUCAGAGCCACAUUCAGGUGCGGUUUGUGGCCAGUUUCGGUUUUGUUUUAAGGUUGUUAGAAGUCGUUUCACUUUUCAUUACCAAUAACCAAAUGAAAAAAAGCUCAAAACACGGCUACUGAUAAUAGGGUUUUUCCCCUUUUUUCUGGCAACAAAACUGAAACCUUUUUUACAAGGAUUCAUGUCUGCAUUAACCACAAUGCCUGCAGUCAAAAUGCAAACAAAAAACA